AAUGGCCUGCCACUCAACAAACGCGUUAGUAACGCUCCAAGCACACAGUGGGUUUAGUCAUACGGAAUAAUGAGCUGUAGAUACAUUCAAAACUAGUAACUCUCAACGAAAAUAGAAAAACUUACAUACAUAUACAUAUUAGCUGCAAGUGCUUCAAGUGGUUCUUCAAAAUUAUAACUUGCUGAAUCAGCGAAAACCAAAAGUCGAAAAUGGCUACUUCAAAUACAAAAGUGACAAAUUCGGAGGCUGCGUCCAUUGGGAGAACGCUCCUCUCCAUAUGGUUACAGAUACAAAGUAUACUGAAUAGUAUCAAUCACAUAUUGAUCGGACUGAUUGCCAUCUAUUUCACGGCGCUGGGACGUAGCCUGAACUUUCAGAAUACAGCCAUGCAUGCCUUGCUCACUGUCAUCGGGUACCACGUAUUAAUGGCCGAAGCUUUGAUGUCACAUUAUCCCGUUAAUUUUGUUACGAAUCGCUUCUCUCAUCGCACCAAAUCAAAAAUUCAUGGCAUACUGCAACUGGUGGGUGGCGCAAUGGCAUUGCUAGGUGCUUUCAGUAAAAUCUCGCAGACAGAAGUGCAUUUUACCACAUGGCAUGGCAAAAUCGGUCUUGCCGCUAACUUUAUGUGCUUCGCCAGUAUUACCGGUGGCAUCGUCAACUAUUUUCAACCGAAAUUCGUACACAAAAUUUAUAGUCCCGCAGAGGUGAAGUAUAGACAUAAUCUUUUUGGUAUGGUCACUUUUACACUCGGCAUGCUGACAAUCUUCCUCGGCUAUCGCACGAAAUUCGCUUACAAAUAUAUGGAUCCUGAAUUUAUUGUUGCCAUAAGUUUAGCCACUGUUUUAGUUUAUACUUUUACAAUGAUAGCACCAUUUCGAUCAUUUUUAGAUAAGCGUAAGUACAGAAGGCGGAGUUGAAAAUAAUUUUUUAAGAUUUGUAAAAGUGCAAUUAGUGUAAUGUACCUGGGCGUUAUUAAUAAAAGAUGGUAAUUUAUUUAAAAAAAAA